UCCAAUUUUCGUAUCUCUUCACUUGCAAAUCAUUUCUCUCCUUUCCCUCUCUGUUUAGCGAUCUCGAUAUGGAUCCCGUUAGUGUAUGGGGCAAUUCUUCUCUACAAACUGUGGACCCAGAUAUCCACGAUUUGAUUGAGAAGGAGAAGCGCCGUCAAUGCAGCGGCAUCGAGCUUAUCGCCUCCGAGAACUUCACUUCCUUUGCUGUCAUUGAGGCUCUCGGUAGUGCCCUCACUAACAAGUACUCUGAGGGCAUGCCCGGAAACCGCUACUACGGUGGGAAUGAAUUUAUUGAUGAGAUCGAGAAUCUCUGCCGUUCCCGCGCUCUCCAGGCAUUCCAUCUUGAUCCUACUAAGUGGGGUGUCAACGUCCAGCCUUACUCUGGUUCUCCGGCUAACUUCGCCGCUUACACCGCCGUUCUUCAGCCUCAUGAUAGGAUCAUGGGUUUGGACCUUCCUUCUGGUGGUCAUUUGACUCAUGGGUAUUACACCUCUGGUGGAAAGAAGAUCUCUGCUACCUCGAUUUACUUUGAGAGUUUGCCUUAUAAGGUUAACUCUCAAACUGGGUUUAUUGAUUAUGAUAAGUUGGAGGAGAAGGCACUUGAUUUUAGGCCCAAGUUGAUUAUCUGUGGUGGUAGUGCUUACCCUAGGGACUGGGAUUAUGCUAAGUUCAAGUCUGUCGCUGAUAAGUGUGGUGCUCUCUUGCUUUGUGAUAUGGCUCACAUUAGUGGUCUCGUUGCUGCUCAGGAAGCCGCCAACCCUUUUGAGUACUGUGACAUUGUCACAACCACCACCCACAAAAGUUUGAGGGGUCCUAGGGCUGGUAUGAUCUUCUAUCGAAAGGGGCCUAAACCACCCAAGAAGGGCCAGCCAGAAGAUGCAGUUUAUGACUUCGAAGACAAGAUCAACUUUUCAGUUUUCCCCUCUCUUCAGGGUGGUCCUCACAAUCACCAGAUUGGUGCACUGGCUGUUGCAUUGAAACAAGCCACAACCCCGGGGUUCAAGGUUUAUGCCAAACAAGUCAAGGCUAAUGCAGUUGCUCUUGGAAACUACUUGAUGAGCCAGGGAUACAAGCUGGUCACUGGAGGAACUGAGAACCACCUUGUCCUUUGGGAUCUUAGACCUCUUGGCUUGACUGGCAACAAGGUUGAAAAGCUAUGUGACCUUUGCAACAUCACUGUAAACAAGAAUGCCGUGUUCGGUGACAGCAGCGCCUUGGCUCCUGGAGGAGUAAGAAUUGGCACCCCAGCCAUGACUUCAAGAGGCUUGGUUGAGAAAGAUUUCGAGCAGAUUGGAGAAUUUCUCCACCGUGCUGUGACGAUCACUUUGAAGAUCCAGAAGGAACACGGAAAGCUCUUGAAGGACUUCAACAAGGGUCUGGUUAACAACAAGGACAUCGAAGCCCUCAAGGCUGAUGUUGAGAAGUUUGCUCUCUCCUUCGACAUGCCUGGUUUCCUCGUCUCUGAAAUGAAGUACAAGGAUUAGAUCUAAAUACUUUUUACUAUUUAGCUUCUAAAUCAAUGAAAAUUACCUUCAAUAUCCAAGAGAAAGAAAGAAAGAAAAAAAGAAAAAGAGGCUUCUAUGAUUUCUUUUCUGGUCUUUAUAGGUUAGCUGCCAAUUUUUCAUUUGAUUUGAAGUUCAUGUUGGUCGUCAUGUUUUGUUAUUGGGUUAAAGGAUGUUUCAUCCUCUCAAUGACUUGUGGAUGUAUCACAUUACCUGUUUCAUAUAUUGUUCUCAUUUUGUGCUUAUUCCCCUAACAAAUAAAGCAUUUGGUUAAAAAUU